ACUUGCUUUAUGAACCUGGGUGGUCCUGUAUUGGGUGCUCGCGCAUGGUGCGCUGCUCCCACUGUCCUGCACUCCCUAGUGAGAUGAACCUGGUACCUCAGAGGGAAAUGUAGAAAUCACCCGUCUUCUGCAUCGCUCAUGCUGGGAGCUGUAGACCGGAGUUGUUCCUAUUCGGCCAUCUUGGCUGCCACCCAAUCGAUUGCCCUAAUUUUUAAUGGAUAAAAAGGAUGCUCAGAAGAAAAACUUAGCUCCAUAAUUUUAUAAGUGAGACAGUGCUGAAAGAACAUAUUUCUUUAUGAUUCUAUAAUUCUUAACCUUUGAGUUUCCUACUUCUAGUCAUGCUGUAUUGAUCACUCAACUACAGAAUUUACCACAAUCACAUGCUUUAUAAGGUACCAAGUAAAGUUUUGCCAAAUUAAUGAACUGGUUUUGUUGUGCUAGGGAAAAAACAUAUUCAUCAUGGCAUGGGAGAAUCAGACCUUCAACUCCGGCUUCAUCCUCCUGGGAAUCUUCAAUCACAGCCCCACCCACACCUUCCUCUUCUUUCUGGUCCUGCACAUCUUUUAGGUGGCCUUCAUGGGAAACUCCAUCAUGGUUCUCCUCAUCUACCUGGAUACCCAGCUCCAUACCCCCAUGUACUUCCUCCUCAGCCAACUGUCCCUCAUGGACCUCAUGCUCAUCUGCACCACUGUACCCAAGAUGGCCUUCCACUACUUGUCUGGCAGCAAGUCCAUUUCUAUGGCUGGCUGUGCCACACAAAUUUUCUUCUGUGUAUCACUGCUUGGCUCUGAAUGCUUUCUGUUGGCUGUUAUGGCUUAUGACUGCUACACUGCCAUUUUCCACCCUCUAAGAUACAUCAAUCUCAUGAGACCCAAAGUUUGUGGACUUAUGACUGCCUUCUCCUGGAUCCUGGGCUCUACAGAUGGAAUCAUUGAUGCUGUAGCCACAUUUUCCUUCUCCUAUUGUAGGUCUCGGGAAAUAGCCCACUUCUUCUGUGAGUUACCUUCCCUACUAAUCCUCUCAUGCAAUGACACAUCAAUAUUUGAAAAGGUUAUUUUUAUUUGCUCUAUAGUAAUGCUUGUUUUCCCUGUUGCAAUCAUCAUUGCUUCCUAUGCUCGAGUUAUUCUGGCUGUCAUUCACAUGGGAUCUGGAGAGGGUCGUCGCAAAGCUUUCACCACCUGUUCCUCUCACCUCAUGGUGGUGGGAAUGUUCUAUGGAGCAUGUUUGUUCAUGUACAUACAGCCCACAUCUGAUCACUCCCCAAUGCAGGACAAGAUGGUGUCUGUAUUCUACACCAUCCUCACUCCCAUGCUGAAUCCCCUCAUCUACAGCCUCCGCAACAAGGAAGUGACCAGAGCAUUCAUGAAGAUCUUAGGAAAGGGCAAGUCUGGAGAGAGAGUUACCUCAUAAACUUUAUGUUUUGAUGUCUGCUAAAUUAUUCUUUCUAAUAUCCUUCUUUUUCUAUAAAGUCCUAAAAAUAUCAUUGAUUGUGUGCAUUGUUCAACAUAUUUAUGGGCAGGUAUAUAAUUUAUUUCAGAUAAACUACUUUAGAUAUGUUUAUAUUCAAUUCAGUUGUGACUACAAUAUAAGGCAUUUUAAAUAAAGACAUUAAAUUUUUUUUAAUUUUUAAAUUAUCUUUUUGGGAAACAAGUAGUGUUUGAUUACAUUAAUAAGUUCUUUAGUGGUGAUUUCUGAGAUGUCGGUGCAGCCAUCAACCAAGUAGUGUUCACUGUACCCAAUAUAUAGUCUUUUGCCCUCUCCAGUCCCCAAUAUUUACUCCAAGUCCCCAAAGUCCAGUGUAUCAUUCUUAUGCCUGGAUGUCUCAUAACUUAGCUGGCACAUGUGAGUGAGAACGUAUGAUGUUUGGUUUUCCAUUCCUGAG